GUGUGAGGAGGAGAUUUAGGCAGAAGUCUUGUAGGGAGAUGGAUGGUUGCUUUUACUCCCUCUUUCUCUCAGGGACUCCAUUUGUGGCUGGUGGAGCUGUCUGAAAUGAAGAGAACCAUGAGCAAUGAAUAUUCAUUACCUUACUACACGGCCCACAGCUACCGCUCAACGGGUGUCUUUAAUACCUCGAUGGGGGACCUGCAACGACAACUGUACAAGGGAGGAGAGUAUGACAUUUUCAAGUAUGCACCUAUGUUUGAGAGUGACUUUAUCCAGAUCAGCAAAAAAGGAGAGGUGAUUGAUGUACACAACCGAGUCCGAAUGGUAACGGUGGGCAUUGCGUCCACCAGCCCCAUCCUCCCACUACCUGAUGUCAUGCUGCUGGCCCGACCAGCUAAAGUCUGUGAAGAGCACACCAGAGCUGGUCGGCACACCAAGGGGAAAGGCCACAAGCCCUCCAAGACUUUGGAGCUUACUAGGCUACUUCCCUUGAAGUUCGUCAAGAUCUCCAUCCAUGAUCGUGACAAACAGCAGCUGCGCCUGAAGCUGGCCACGGGUCGUACUUUUUAUCUACAGCUGUGUCCUUCUUCAGAUGCACGAGAAGAUCUCUUUUCCUACUGGGAAAAACUUGUCUAUCUCUUGAGGCCACCAGUAGAGAGUUUCAGCAGUACCCCAACGGUGCAAACUGGGGAUGUAACAACCACAGAGGAUGACAAAAGCCUUGUGGCCUCAGAGCUCCGUGGAGAAGGCGAUCAGAAUGAGGUGGGGCUUCACAGGCUUUGCGAGGUGUCUGCGGCCACCUCUUCCGCUUAUGCUGGGGGAGAGGGGGUCCAGAAAACCUCCCGUGGAAUGGCUGGUGCAGCUUCUGUAGCCACGAGUACUCCAGAAGCUGCCAAAGGAGCAACAGCAGGGACAGCAGGUGGCGUGGCAGUAGCAGGGGCAUCCUCAGGCUCCACAGCAAGUUUGGCAAUAGCAGGGACAGCCGCCAGCUCUGCAACAGGUGCUAUGGGCAUGGCAACAGCCAAGUCCACAGGUCCAGGCCAGGUAACCACAGCCCUAGCAGGAGCAGCCACCCAGGAUUCAAGAGAAAGCAAAUCCAGCAAGGUCCUGGCAGGUGCGGCCAACGUGUCCUCGGAUGGGAUGAAUAUGGUCUUGGUGGGUGCUGCCAGCAGCUCCUCAGUGGGGACUUCCACCAUGACAACAGGGGCUUCCAGCAUCUCUCCAGACAGCAACUCGAGUGUGGUGUUUGCUGGUGUCUUGACAACUAGUGCGCCUACUGCAGGAAGAGCCAAAAAACAAGCGAUGGGACCCCUUGUGUCAACCUUGCAGAGUGAAGGCUACAUGAGUGAACGAGAUGGAAGCCAGAAGGUUUCCCCGCCCAGUGCUGAAAUCCAGAAGGAAAAAAAGGAAAGGAAAGAAAAAGACAGAACCUCUUCUAGAAAAAGUUCCCGUCACCACAGGACGGGGGAAAGUCGCCACAGGACAGGGGAAAGUCACCACAGGACAGGGGAAAGUCACCACAGGACAGGGGAAAGUCGCCACAGGACAGGGGAAAGUCACCACAGGACAGGGGGAGACAAGACCCGGAAAUCAUCCUCUCACCGGUCCAUAUCCAGCCAUGGAAAGAGGAGAGAUGACCAAAAGGAAAAAGGCCAGAGCAAUGUCAAGAGCAGAAGACAUGGCUCCUCUCACAAAAGCUCCAGUCACAGCUCCAUCGUGAAAGGGUCGAAGAAAGUGCACAAGACAGGGAAGAGUCGAUCUAAAGCUAGCUCAGGUUCUUUAAGUAAGAAACCCAGUAAGAUCAGCUCUUUCUUGAGGAGCUUCAGAGGCAUCCCUAGGUCAGAAACAGGGGUCGCAUCACAUGACAGAGAGUUAGACGUCAUGGCUAAGUCGGUGGAGAGGUGCAACAUAGAGGCGAAGGUAGAGGAAGCCAAGGAUGGCCAGGAGCUGGAGAUCACUGGCUCCAUGAUGUCUGAGACCAUGGAGACCAUAAUCUUUGAAAGCAAAUCCAUUUAAGUAGAAGCCAGGAAGCUGCAACAGGGACCUGGGGCUAAGGAAGUCAUCCCUAGAGAGCCUAUUCCAGCUUUGAUGACUACAGUUUAAGUAAUAAAGAAAACCAUACACCUCCCAAAGAAAUCCUGCUUUCCAUUUUAAUUUUUUUUUCUCCAGAAAGAUUUUUGCUAAAGGGUGCAUGAGACAGAGA